CAAUGAAACCUUUCCGAGGCUCCGAUUGGUCUGCACAGGUCACGUGACGUCUGCCGCGCAGAAGGAGACAUCUUUGAGCCCAGACAGUGGAGGUUCUCCACCGCACAAUUCUCCUUCAACCGGAGUUUCUGCAGAAUGACGGAUAAGGGCGAACAAAGAAGAAGCCCCAAUAGUUCCCUUCCCUCCAGACCGAAGCGCGACAAGAAGGCUGAGGCGGAGGGAUACUGGGAGUGCUCCGUCUGUACCUUCCGCAACAAUGCUGAGGCCUUCAAGUGCAGCAUGUGUGAUGUUAGGAAGGGCACGUCCACGAGGAAGCCUCGUCUGAAUUCCCAGCUGGUUGCACAACAGGUGGCUCAGCAGUUUAACCCCCCUCAGCCUAAGCCCCCGAAGCGAGAGCGAGAGAAAGGCGAGAAGGAGCGCGAGAACGGCGUAUCCAGUACCAGCACCAGCCCCAACAGUAGCGCCACCGUGAGUGUGAGCAGCAACAACACCACAACUGGUGUCAGCGGCGGGAUGGGCAAGAAAAAGGAGCACAGUGUGUCGCACACCAGCCCCACCAACACCAGCAGCAAUAAGAAAAUGAAAUACAUGCCGAGAUUGAAAAACGUGGAUCGCAGCACCGCCACCCACAUGGCCGUCACAGUCAACAACGUCACAGUUAUUAUCACAGACUACAAAGAAAAAGCCCCCAAAUCGUCCUCGGCAUCCUCGUCCAUAUCCUCUGAACCCCCCAGCACGGUCACAUCAGACACGCCCAGUACUAAUUCCACGGUUGCCAUGGCUGUCAACCCCCAGGAGAGCCCAACUAGUCAACAGAAUGGUGAUGUUGCAGCGAGAGAGCAGACUUAGAUAUACUUACUUGUCAAUGUGGUAUCUACAUUGCCAUGGUCAACAAUAACAUAGUCUACUGUAGUCUUGUCUUUGCAUAUCGAUUAUAAUGUGAAUUUUUUUUUUAUUCUAAGACUGAAAGUUGCAACAAGUAUAUUUUGUGAAUGACAUCAUCUGUAGAAGUAAAUGAGAUAGGGCGAAAAAGA